UUUCCCCCCACCAACUCUUCCCUGGGCGGGGCUUCCGGGACCCGCUCACUGGGGCUCUGCCCCGUAGCGCCCCCGGGGCGGGGCUUCCUGCGGCUGCCGGCUUCCCUUUUCCUUGCGGCCUCUGCCGGGGCUGGAGUGGCCCUGCCGAGCUCCGGACUCUCGCGUUUCUGGACUUUGAACAGAUGCAGCGUCAGGAUGACUUGAAAGUAGGGCAUCCUUGGCCCUCCUGAAGAGAGGAAAUUAGUGGCAGGUGGACAGUCUGGAGUUUUCAGGUGCCUUCACCUGAAUGAGAAACCUGUCUCCAUCAGGACCUCAGAUGUCUGAUAGGCAACCCUGUGUGACACCAAAAUAAGUAAUGUGUCUUAGAGGAAGAAAUAACCUAUGCUAAUCACUCAUCUUGUCAGAAGACUGGUCAUUUAACUCAUACUUUUUUGCGGCUUUUAUCCACUGAACUCUACGCUAGACUUUGGGGGUAGCUCCGUUGGUAAGAACAUCGUCCUGCGUACCAGAAGGUUGCGGAUUUGAUUCCUGAUUGGAGUGUGUACAGGAGACAACUGAUUAAUGUGUCUCUUUCACAGCCAUGUUUCUCUCCCUUCCUCUCUCUAAAAUCAAUAAAUAUAAACUCGGAGUUGUCUGCUGGUUCUCAGCUUGAAGAAGAUUCUCCAGUCCUUAUUGAUCCUUUUUCUUGGCGUUACCAUUUUUUGAAGCACAGUUAACCUAGUUUUCUAGUUUGAGCUUUCUUUUUGGCCAUCUUAAAAAAAUUUUUUUUAAUCUGUAAACUAGACAAGAGAUAGUUCUACAAUGUCCAAGUCAUUCCAGCAGUCAUCUCUCGGUAGGGACGCGCAGAGUCAUGGGCGUGACCUGUCUGCAGCAGGAAUAGGCCUUCUUGCUGCUGCUACCCAGUCUUUAAGUAUGCCAGCAUCUCUUGGAAGGAUGAACCAGGGUACUGCACGCCUUGCUAGUUUAAUGAAUCUUGGAAUGAGUUCUUCAUUGAAUCAACAAGGAGCUCAUAGUGCACUGUCUUCUGCUAGUACUUCUUCCCAUAAUUUGCAGUCUAUAUUUAACAUUGGAAGUAGAGGUCCACUCCCUUUGUCUUCUCAACACCGUGGAGAUGCAGACCAGGCCAGUAACAUUUUGGCCAGCUUUGGUUUGUCUGCUAGAGACUUAGAUGAACUGAGUCGUUAUCCAGAGGACAAGAUCACUCCUGAGAAUUUGCCCCAAAUCCUUCUACAACUUAAAAGGAGGAGAACUGAAGAAGGCCCUACAUUGAGUUAUGGUAGAGAUGGCAGAUCUGCUACACGGGAGCCACCAUACAGAGUACCUAGGGAUGAUUGGGAAGAUAAAAGGCACUUUAGAAGAGAUAGUUUUGAUGAUCGUGGUCCUAGUCUCAACCCAGUGCUUGAUUAUGACCAUGGAAGUCGUUCUCAAGAAUCUGGUUAUUAUGACAGAAUGGAUUAUGAAGAUGACAGAUUAAGAGAUGGAGAAAGGUGUAGGGAUGAUUCCUUUUUUGGCGAGACCUCGCAUAACUAUCAUAAAUUUGACAGUGAGUAUGAGAGAAUGGGACGUGGUCCUGGCCCCUUACAAGAGAGAUCUCUCUUUGAGAAAAAGAGGGGCGCUCCUCCAAGUAGCAAUAUUGAAGACUUCCAUGGACUCUUACCGAAGGGUUAUCCCCAUCUGUGCUCUAUAUGUGACUUGCCAGUUCAUUCUAAUAAGGAGUGGAGUCAACAUAUCAAUGGAGCAAGUCACAGUCGUCGAUGCCAGCUUCUUCUUGAAAUCUACCCAGAAUGGAACCCUGACAAUGAUACAGGACAUACAAUGGGUGAUCCGUUCAUGUUGCAGCAAUCAACAAACCCAGCACCAGGAAUUCUGGGGCCUCCACCUCCCUCAUUUCAUCUUGGGGGACCAGCAGUUGGACCAAGAGGAAAUCUGGGUGCUGGAAACGGGAACCUGCAAGGACCAAGACACAUGCAAAAAGGCAGAGUGGAAACUAGCCGAGUUGUUCACAUCAUGGAUUUUCAGCGAGGGAAAAACUUGAGAUAUCAACUGCUACAGCUGGUGGAACCAUUUGGAGUCAUUUCAAAUCAUCUCAUUUUAAAUAAAAUUAAUGAGGCAUUUAUUGAAAUGGCAACCACAGAAGAUGCUCAGGCUGCAGUAGAUUAUUAUACAACAACACCAGCAUUAGUAUUUGGCAAGCCAGUGAGAGUUCAUUUAUCCCAGAAGUAUAAAAGAAUAAAGAAACCUGAAGGGAAGCCAGACCAGAAGUUUGAUCAAAAGCAGGAGCUUGGACGUGUGAUACAUCUCAGCAAUUUACCUCAUUCUGGCUAUUCUGACAGUGCUGUCCUUAAGCUUGCUGAGCCUUAUGGGAAAAUAAAGAAUUAUAUACUGAUGAGAAUGAAAAGUCAGGCCUUUAUUGAGAUGGAGACCAGAGAAGAUGCAAUGGCAAUGGUCGACCACUGUUUGAAAAAGGCCCUUUGGUUUCAAGGGAGAUGUGUGAAAGUUGACCUGUCUGAAAAAUACAAAAAAUUGGUACUAAGGAUUCCUAACAGAGGCAUUGACCUACUGAAAAAAGAUAAAUCUCGAAAAAGAUCUUACUCUCCAGACGGCAAAGAAUCUCCGAGUGAUAAGAAAUCGAAAACUGAUGGUUCCCAGAAGACUGAAAGUACAACUGAAGGUAAAGAACAAGAAGAAAAGUCAGGUGAAGAUGGUGAAAAAGACACAAAAGAUGACCAGGCAGAACAAGAACCUAGCAUGCUUCUUGAAUCUGAAGAUGAGCUACUCGUGGAUGAAGAAGAAGCAGCAGCACUGCUAGAAAGUGGCAGUUCAGUGGGAGAUGAGACAGAUCUUGCUAAUUUAGGUGAUGUGACUUCUGAUGGGAAAAAGGAACCUUCAGACAAAGCUGUGAAAAAAGAUGGAAGUGCAAGUGCUUCAGCGUCAAAGAAAAAGCUUAAAAAGCGUCGUUUCCCAGGGAAUAUGGAAGGUUUUGUCACUCUAGAUGAGGUUGGUGAUGAGGAAGAUUCGGAACUUCAGAAACUUCGUAAAUCGGGCAUGGCAUUUAAAUCUGGUGACAAAAAUGAUGAUGGUUUGGUUGAAAUUAAGGUGGACAAGAUGGAGGAACUUGAUCAAGAAAAUGAAGCAGCGUUGGAAAAUGGAAUUAAAAAUGAGGAAAACGCAGAACCAGGCGCUGAAUCUGGCGAGAAUGCUGAUGAUCCGAACAAAGACACAAGUGAAAAUGCAGAUGGCCAAAGUGAUGAAAACAAGGAAGACUAUACAAUCCCAGAUGAGUAUAGAAUUGGACCAUAUCAGCCCAAUGUUCCUGUUGGUAUAGACUAUGUGAUACCUAAAACAGGGUUUUACUGUAAGCUGUGUUCACUCUUUUAUACAAAUGAAGAAGUUGCAAAGAAUACUCAUUGCAGCAGCCUUCCUCAUUAUCAGAAAUUAAAGAAGUUUCUGAAUAAAUUGGCAGAAGAACGCAGGCAGAAGAAGGAAACUUAAGAUGUGCAAGAAGCUUAAAGAUUUCAAAGGAAAUAAUGGUUCUUUGUUUUUAAUGUUAACCUUUUUUAAAUACAAUACUGAUAGUUAGAAGAAAAACAUUGUACUCUUUUUGUUUUAGUGGAAAAAUAAUAGAUGUCUGUUCAUGUGUUCAGUGUUAUAGCAAAAACACAUAUACGGUUAAGUUAAUGAAGAAUUGUUUUUGUUUUAUCAGAAUGGUAACAGACAAGUACUUUGUAGAGACUGACUUCAGUAAGAUACUUAAGACAACUUGCACCACUAAGAAAAAGAUACAUAGAACUAUUCAAAGAAAUGAAAUUUAGUAGUUCUAGGUUUCAAAGAAAUGUCAAAACUUUUGAUUCCAUUCAAUAAAGAACAAAACCAAUUGUAUUUUUAUUAUUUUCAUCUGAAACAUUCCACAUUUUAAUCUGAGCCUUGCAGACUUUUCAUUUUGAGUUUGAAGCUUUUUUGAUUGCAUUUCAUUUUUGGAGAACUUCAUUAACUGAGUAGCAAUUUAAAUACAGGUGCAGUUUUCUUUUAAUGUUAUGCUGUUGUUUAGGUAAUAAGAAAUAUUAAGUAAUUGGCUUUAGAUUUUGUAAUUUUUUUCCCUAAGUUUCUGCUAGAUUUCGUAUUCUAGUAGUCAAUGUAUUUUCAGUGAAAUGUAAAAAAAUGCCCAUUCUCUUUGACCAGUAUUAAUUUUUUGAGACCUUAUUGCUUGUCACUUGAAUCCUGUAGCUGUCAUACAUCUGGUAUAAGCAACAUCUGAUUCUUGAAGUGUGUAGACCAUCUUUUCAUAUUUUCAAGAUGUAAUUUUACACUUAACGCAUUUUAAAAACAGUUUGGCCAUAAUCUAGACGCACGCUUCUAAUCCAUAUACCUGCACAUGUGACCUUUGUGAACAGAAAUUUGCAUGUAUAAUCUGUGUUUACUUGUAACUUUCUGGUUAUAUACUGCUUAUAUCUGUGGAUUCAAGUUUCUGAAGUGAAUACAAUAAAAACUUAGGUCAUGUUCAUUGGUUAUACAUGUUUGGAAUGUUAACCAAUAUAUUUGUCAGUUGUGGUUUUUAUUCACUGUUACGCUUUUUUGCAUGCUUUAACAAAUUACUACGUUUUUUAAUCUAGAGUGUUCUAAAGAGUGCUACUAAAGAUCUGAGUUUUAAAGUUUUUGGUGCUGGUGGAUUUCUUGUUCCUGUUAUGUAACAAAGAAACUGAGGCUGUCCAUGGUUUUUUCAAACCUUGGGGGUUACAUGCCAAGGAUGAAGAAAUAGCAAACACUGAAGUUUAAACAUGUUUAACUAUAUUUAACAGUAAAAUUGUAAAUAGCGUGGAAUAGCAAGAAAUAGUUGUACCAGCCUUUUAAUAUAUGUUGGGCUUCUUGGUAUAACAGAUUAAACGUUUUCAGUUUUUUUUUUUCUUUUCUUUUUAUGUGUUUAAAAUUUUAUUUAUUUUUAGAGGAGAAAGGGAGGGAGAAACAUUGAUUAGUUGCCUCCCAAACAAGCCCUGAUGGGGGACCGAAUCCACGACCCAGGCUUGUGCUCUGGCAGGGAAUCAAACCAGUGACCUUUCAGUUCACAGGCCAACACUGACUGACUGAGCCACACCAGCCAGGGCUACAGUAAUUCUGUUUUUAAACUCUUAGGUCCAAGUGUAUUAAAGGAAAUGUCAAGUAGUUGGAUAGAAUUUUAAGGUGUAAUUACCUCUGAAGAUCAUGUGAUAAUUUUUUAAUGUAACAUGCACAAAAAAUCCUUGCCAGUUUACUUCUUCAGCUUAAUUGUAGUCUUUACUAAUUACCUACUUUAGUUUAAUUCCAACUUUUGACUAACAGCAACAACACAAAGCUUUAUGUGUAUAAUGGCAUUCCUAAUUGUUUGCUGUCAAUGAUAGCUUUUUCCCCCAUAGGUCCUACUUGUCAAAGUACCGAGUUGUAGAAAAUGUUUAAUAUCUUCAUUUGAGAGCAUUUAGAA